GAGUGUUCGAGUGUUCGAUGCCGAUCAACCUUCAAGCGCAAGCUGUGGAUGAAAAUCGCGAGGUUUUCUACAUCCCAAAUUUUGUGACGGAAGAAGAAGAGGGUUAUCUCAUUCGUAAAAUCAAGGACACUCCUCAACAAAGCUGGAAAGGGCUUGCAAAUCGAAGUUCUACUGCUCAAGCUCAUAAUCUUCUAUUGCAUCCCUCAAACCACGUUGCGACAGGAGGACAAUUGACAGGCAAAAAUGUUUUGUUGUCGCAGCCCCUUCCCCCAUUUGUUGAAGUAUACCCUAACAUUGUAAAUCGCUUACAAUCUACUGGUGUAUUCCGUGCUUCCACUCAUGGAGCGCCCAAUCAUAUCAUCGUCAACGAAUAUCUACCAGGGCAAGGAAUUAUGCCUCACCAGGAUGGUCCGGCAUACCACCCAGUUGUCGCUACUAUAUCUCUAGGAACCCACACGGCAUUUCAUUACUACAAGUAUAUGACGGGAAGUCAAGGUCAAAACGCUACCGAACCUAGGUCUGAGGACGUGGCACGAAUUAUAGAUCCCACUCCGGUUAUGUCCGUUCUUUUAGAACCCCGCAGUGUCGUUAUAACUUCUGGAUCACUGUAUACAUCACAUCUUCAUGGGCAAAUUGUUGAUCAUUUUACUGCUGGGUUUGACGAUUUACAUCCCCCGAAAUUCGCUGACUUUGAUGUUACUGUUGCAAAUUGGAGGCUUCUGGGUGGAAGGGAUGCGAAAGAUGCUGUAAUCAAUGGUGGUCAUCUUGAGCGGGGUAUAAGAUAUAGCCUGACCUGCCGUGAUGUCGAAAAGGUGGCGAACAGUGCGUUACUGGGACGGUGA